AAGUAGUUGAUCAUUACCACAUACUAAAAACUACUAUAAAGCCACCCACCUAGAAGACCCACUUCUUGGCAACAUGUCAUCUGGUUCAAGAACAACAAUUAAGUCUAUCGUACUGGAUCAUUCUUGACCAUGAGCAAUGAAGGAACACCCCCUCCGCCUCCUCUAUCUGAUGCUCCGCCCUAUUACUUCAGCCGAGACUCUCUAGUUGACAUCCACACCACUCACACCCCUCACGACCCUCACACCACUCACGUUCACUGUCAAAACCCACGCUUUGAUCAGGACAACCAUUCUCUCAAUAUUCCCUUCGAUAAUGAGAUUAAUGAAAGGGGCGGUAGAGACGAUCCCCCUCCACCCUACUCCCCAGGCCUGAGUGCUCUAUUCUCGACCAGGCUACCUCCUCACGAUGUGAGCGAUGCCCCUCCCAGUUAUUACUCCCUGUUUGGGCAGAUUCGCGAGGCCAGGGAACAGUCCGGUAAUAGCAUCACUUUCCUCAGACGAGUCGGACAGAUUGUACUCAACACUGUGGGUUGUACUAUCUUGUUGUUGGUCUUCAUGUCUGUUCCUAUCGCAAUCCUCGUCAUAGGAUCUCUCUUUGUACACACUUGUCCCCUGGAGCCACUCAUACCUGUCUACUUGAUUGUGGGUGGCAUUUCUGGAAUCUUGAAGAACGUGCUGCUCAUAGUUGAGAACCUCAUCAAACGCUACUCUGACCAAAUCUCCCCUCGCAUCAAACACACGAAAUACAUUGUUCACAUCUGGAGAACGUUCAACCUCAUCUUCAACCUGUUCAUGCUGGUGUGGACAAUUGCUGGAAGCUACUGGGUGUACCACAUAUACACGGAAGUCACUAACUCUGAGUACAUGGAGUGUACUGAGCUAUUGUACAAGUUCGGAUUCGGCAUUGUGACGUCUAGCUAUAUUCUCCUGCUAAUGACCUGUACGUGUGUGUGCUGCUGUGCUGGGAUUUGUCUAAAGAUAAACAAACGAGAGAGAAGAGAAGGUAGUCUGAGUGGAAGCAGCGAGUCCGGGAGUUCGGAGGGAAACAGCGAACGUGACGACGAAUCAGAGAGGGGAGGUGAGGAGAGGAGGGUCUAUUCAUCAGACGAGGAGAGACGCGCUUAUCCAUCGGACGAAGGUAGUGCAUUCUCUGAUGAGGACUUCAGGACCAACACGUUAAUGAGCACUCUGGAUGAUCAUCGAGUGGAUGACGGAGACGAGUACCUGAGGCGGUUCCGAUACCUCGACUCUACCACACCGCUGAGUACGACUGGUCUCGAGCGAAGCAUUCUCCAGUAUGACAGCUCCCCAUAUCCGAGCAGAUAUAGAGGAGUCAGAAACGUCCAAAACUCGCCCAACAAUUACCCUGUCGCUAAUUCCAUUCAUAAUUCUUCCAACCUGAGUUUACCGCACAACGAAGGUCCCCGUUCCAUACAGGCAGUGUCUGAUUCCAAUGAUCCCAUUCCAGUACCAUCUAGAAGAGAGAGGUCACAUCAGCUGUGCACGUCUCCAGAGAAUAGAGCUAAUAGUUUAUAUAUCACCGUCAGCUCAGACGGAUAUUCAGUAACUGUAGUUUAGCUUGAUCAAAUGACAGACAUGCCGCUGAAUGUAUUUUAGCUCAUUAAUUAAUAUUUCAUCUCCCACAUAAUUAUUUCAUAAACCACUC